AUGUUUUCGGCGAGCGGUGGGCUGUUUGUGUCCACGAUGGAUUCCUGGGAUGGAAUUCAGAUGUCUCAGUCUAUGGCCGAGCAGGUAAUGGUUUGUGCCUAUGGCCUUACAGCAUUGCACAGCUGGACCCAGCGCACCUUGAAAAUGACCAGUGGCUUUGUUGGCGAGUGUCAGUUCUAUGGCCACUUACUAUCGAAGUUCAUGUUCGGAGUGGAAGCAGGCAACGAGGCUGCGGAGAAACGGGUUCAUCAGCGUCGGCGCACCUCUCUGCAACAGAUUGCCAGCUUGUGGUCCUUGAUACUGGAUUGCUUCAUGCUCAUCCUCUUCAUUGUUCAAGCGACGGGAGUGGCUCCACCCAUGGUGCACAGCCUUGCGUUCUACAUCACAGUCUCAAUUGGAUCCACCGUGAUGAGGAGGAUGGGAGAUCCCAAAGUGGACCUGACACCUGAGCGGUUGAACCGAGACAUGACCAUCAUGAGCGUCUUGAUCUUCGGAGCAACCCUCGGGAUGCCCCGUGAGCUCAUGCCUGCUUGCUACAUGGCCCGAACCCUGGCCUUGACCUUCACCAACAGCCAGUUUAGCAACAAGGUGAACGUCGUGCUCGCACCACUUUAUGUCGUGUCGCAUUGGCUCAAUCUCGAGCCGGGUGCACCAACAGAGAAGCUUUUGUUCUCCAUGGUCGGCGAGGUGGUGGCUGUCUCACUCAUGAUUUUAGUCGUCACUAACCUCGACACCAAGGAGCAUAACGCGGCGAUGGCCACGAUGGAGUUGGAAGCAAAGGUGGCGGAGGUUGCAGAGGCAGAGCGUACAGGAGGAGCAGCCCAACGUUUGCUUUCAGUGACCUGUGACGCAUCCGUGCGUCUAACACAUGACCUGAACAUUCAAACCCCUUCCCGGGGACUUUUGGAUCUCCUGAUGUGCCACUUUGGCUCCAACUGCGCGACACAACUGGAUGGUACGCCGUUCCUCCGCUACGUGGCAACAGGAGAUCAUGAGCGAUUCACGAAGUUCAUUGCUGAGAAUUCUCAGGCCAACGCUCCCGCGAGGUCCCUGCAUGUCGACAUGAAGGACUCCAGCGGUGUCACUUUCAAGGCCGAACUUUUUCAUGUCACGGUGCCUAGCCUGGUGGGAAAUGUUGGGCACGAACACUUGAUUGGCAUCACCAAUGACUGCGCUGAUGAUCGACUGGGACGCAUGGAGAAUGUCCAUGUGAGACCAUCAUCUCGCGAGGGCGUGCCCAUGGACACUCUAAUCCCCUUCACCAAGGCUGAUCCGAGAUUUUGUGGACAUGGCGCACUUUCCAACUCCUUCGCGCCUUCCCAAAGCGGCCUUUCAAGAAGCAGCCAGUCCAGCAGUAACAGCAGCAGAAGCACCCGCAGAGCCGACUUGAUGAAGCUCUCCACCGUCACUGAGAUCAACCUGGUCAUCGAUCUUGAGACAGUGGACGAGGACUUCCUGAUUCGCUCGGCGACCAUCACCUUCGCCAAGCCAGGAGCUUGCAACGCGGACUCGCUCCCUAACUUGGUGGAGUGGCUGAAGCCGCGCUACCGGCAGCAAGUCCACAACUGGAUUCAAGAGCACGCCAACGCCCAGUAUGCGGGCCGCGAGUACAAGGAAGAGCUCCGGGGGGUGAAGCUGAGCUCGCCUUUCCCAAAUACUUCCGCCAUCUUGGCGGGCGAGAUCAAGUGCAAUGGCAUCAUUGACGAUGAGGAGGACACAGCUUCGGAGGAUGGUUCGUCGGACGAUGUGGGUAUGCUCAUGGAACUGGUGAUCCGCCAGCUCUUUGUUCACUGA